AGGAAGCCAAUCGGGCUGCAAAGACUCUAAUGGAAAUUAAAAGCAACAAAUCAACCAAUCUUGGCGAAAGGUUAGAGGAAUCACGAGCUAUCAAUAGUCCUGAAAUGAUUUACCCCUGUAGCGAGGAAAUAAGAGCUUGUUUCCGCAGAGAAGAAGCUCUAAGGUACACACAACCUAACAAGGCUUUCUCAUAUAUAGCUGUGGAUGGUAAGAAGGUUGUUGUCGCUCCACUGAAAAACCGUGGAGGCAAACUAUUCAAAAGGAUUUGUCAUUACGAUAUUCUUAAGAGCAAUAAACCAGUUUUUUUCACUCUCCAUUGUUUGGUAAGAGAUGCCGCAGCUAGAUUGCCAGGAGGAGUUGGGACUAGAGACGCGGUUUGUGUUUUGGCCAGGGACUCACAAUUCAUCGUUGAGGACAUCUCCGAUUCACAACUUCGCAAAGCUGUAAAGAGAGGGUUGGACCGUCUGCUCUAUGAAGACGAUCCAUGUGUGAAAUAUGAGAAGGAAAGGCAUCAGUGGACUUAUCUACAUGGAGAUAGAAAGGUAGAAGAUUUUGAAGAUGAGUCGACAUAAAGUCUUAAAUGAAUUUUGUAAACUUAAGAUUUAAAAGACUUUCAACUAUAAUUUUUAAUAAUGUCUCUGUAUUGCUGCAUCUUUCUGGAUAUUUUAUGUUAAAAAAAAUAUUUGCUUGUUGAUUUACUAACGCUUGUUUGUUCCUAAAAUCAAAACUUGAGAAUUCACUAACUUCCUCAAAUGGCCACUCACUCAGGUUGAUACAUGUUUUGAUAUGCUUUAUUUGAGCUUAGUGGCUAAUAGAAAUUAUAUUUCUACCUUUAAAAAGUAGGGGUAAGCUGCAUACACACUGAUCCCCCUAGAUCCUACUUCUGGGGUUUCACCGGGUAUGUUGUUGAUGUCCACUCAUGUCAGCUUUUCGGUGCAAGAAAGGUGAUUUUUUUCGAUUGGAGUUUUUUUUUGUAGGAGAUAAGAUUUAAGCUGAUUGACUUUAUUGAUGUAAAGAAGAGAUAAAUGACUUUACUACACAAUUUUAGUAACAUGAGUGACGAUUUGAGAAAUUUAUCCCUUGGCCGGUGAAUUUUCGUUUUUAGCUAUUUUUUGAUGUUUCACAAGUCCUUUACCACUAUAUAAGAACUAGUUGAAUCAAGUUCGGAAGUACAAAGCACUAGUUGUCCUGGUUCAUAAAGAACAGGACAAUGGGAUCAUGCUAGACUAGUACAUCUGUGCAAAACUUGUAUAGUUUUUGUCAGAUUCUUAGUUUUUGCGAAGCAGUUAUUAGAACAAUGGGUCUUGCACUGAGAAAAUGGAAUGGCUUGAAAUGGCCAUGUGAUUGCUUGAAUUUGGAUAUGUUCUUCUACAUAAGUUUCGUUUAGAGUUUUAGUGUGUCGCUUGAGCUUAAGCUCUCCCCUUAGCUUUGUAAUUCUAUUCAUCAAUAUAGAGAUUUUACCUUUUUUGUCAUGAAAGAUGACUAUUCCAACAGAAACACGCCUGCGCUCUCAGCUAAAAGACUCCCCUCACUACAACAAAAAGAGUUUUUAGCGUUAACAAAAAUACCCAUCAACAAAGAAUGAUAAAUCUCUUACCGU